GCUGGAGCCAAUAUUGCCCUCAUGCUCGCGAUGCACCUUACACAGUCCCAAUUCCCUAGCUUGCCGCCGCCAGGACGGCUUCUGCUGCUUUCUCCCGCCGUCGAUCUUGGCGACACACACACCGAGCCUGGCUCUUCGAUGCACCGCAAUGCGUCAUCAGAUUACAUCACACUUUUUUUCAAGUCUAAGUACUGCGCCCGCGCUCUCGUGGGAAGGCACCCUCUCGAGAUGGCAAACACGAGCAUGUGGAUAUCUCCCGCAUCGCACAAGCUGGAUGUCACGCCAGGCAUGUUUGGUGGUCUCCCGCCGACGUGUAUCUUCAUAGGUGAUGCAGAGAUUUUCCUGGAUCAGGUGCGCACACUGCGCGACAGGCUGCGCGCUGCCAAUGGUGAAGAAAAGAUCAAAUACAUGGAGUGGGCCGAUGUCACCCAUGACCCUUUCAUGUGGCCGUGGCAUGAGCCAGAGAGAACGCUCGCACUCCGCGAAAUCGCCAAAUGGCUGGAGGAGAUAUAAAAUCUGACAGAAAAAUGUGUUGCGAGCAGUACAUGGCUAAGGUCUAUACCAAGUUGGAGUAUCCUCGAUGUAUAUAACCUUCCAUUGGCACUGGACCGCUGUGAGAGGAAUGGAAACAACAGAUGAGCCGGGGCUACUUAUGGAGCAUGUUUCAUCCCGAAAGCAAAUAGUAAGUAAGAUGGAGCCCUUGGACAGGUAUUCGUGGGCCACAAUGCAUUGUCUUCCAAUUUCAA